AUGUUCCCCAGCCCUGCGCUCACGCCCACGCCGUUCUCGGUCAAAGACAUCCUGAACCUGGAGCAGCAGCAGCGCAGUCUGGCUGCCGGGGAGCUCUCCGCGCGCCUGGAGGCCACCCUGGCGCCCGCCUCCUGCAUGCUGGCCGCCUUCAAGCCCGAGGCCUACGCGGGGCCGGAGGCCGCGGCGCCCGCCCUCCCGGAGCUGCGCGCCGAGCUGGGCCCCGCGCCCUCGCCCGCCAAGUGUGCGCCUGCUUUCCCGGGAGCCCCCGCCUUCUAUCCGCGUGCCUAUGGCGACCCCGACCCUGCCAAGGAUCCUCGAACAGAUAAGAAAGCCUUCAGGGACCCAACGCGACUCAUGUGCCCUAGCGCCGGGAAGAGUCACCACGCCAAGCCAACCAGGAGCCCUCCUGCUGAUGUGCUGGGGCCCAUGCAGCACUGCCAAUGCCUGUCCUGUCGUCUCUUUGGAUGGCUGGGCCGCCUUCCCCUUGUGGAAGCGGGGGCCUGCUUCACACAGCUGUCCAAGCUGCGGGCUGAAAUCAAGAUGCUGGAAUCCAGCCUCUGCUCUUUCAUCCGCAGCCUCUGGGACCUGCGGUCCGGAGUCAAGUGUGGGGUGAGCCGCAGGGCCUGCGGCAGGCGAGGCCUCGCAAGCAAUUAG